CCAAAUGAUUGUACUAUCAUAAUAGAGUCAGAGCGACUGAGCGACAUAACGUUGCGUAUUCGACACUACUGUGAAUGAAAGCGUACGUAUAACAGUUGAAAUGGAAAACGCUAACAAUGAAGAAGCACAAAGCAAAUAUCACUCAUUCGAAGCAAAAGUGGGGCCUGUUAGAAUAUCUAUAAACCCGGUCGUGACAAUACUAUCAGCUCUGAUUAUAUGGGGUUUCGUAAUUAUUUGUAUGAUCAUGCCAAGUGAUGCGAUGAACGCAAUGAACUCAGCUAAAAGUUGGAUUACCACGACGUCGACGUGGUUUUACGUGGGAACUAAAAACAUUUGGCUCGUCUUCGUACUUUUCAUCUUAUUUUCCAAACACAGUAAAACUAAGUUAGGAAAGGACGACGACGAGCCAGAAUUCAGCGAUAUGACAUACUUCACAAUGUUGUUCGCUGCAGGUGUUGGAAUUGGAUUGUUUUACUUCGGAGUUGCAGAACCUGUCAUUCACUAUGAAACGCACAUGCCUUACGCAAAUCGUUACUGGGGAAGGUAUAACGAUAAUCAAAGAUCCCGAGAUGCGAUGAAUAUUACAUUGUUCCAUUGGGGAUUGCAUGCCUGGGUUGUCUAUGUCAUAGUUGGCCUGCUGCUGGCGUACGUUGGUCAUAGACAUGGUCAACCAAUGACUGUGCGCUCAUGCUUCUAUCCUCUUCUGGGUGAUCAGGUAAAUGGCAUAGCAGGUGAUCUAAUCGACACGGUUUCAGUCGUUGGUACAAUGUUUGGUGUCUGCACCUCUCUCGGACUGGGUGUUAUCACCUUAAACAGCGGUCUUCAUCGCCUCAUUAGCAGUAUCGAGGAUGAAAAUCAAACUGCCAGAAUUAUCAUUAUUUGGGUUAUUACUGCAAUGGCUACAAUAUCCGUUGUUUCUGGUCUGAAAGUUGGCAUUCGUCGCCUCAGCGAGAUUUGUUUUGGUCUUGGAAUGUUUCUGAUGCUUUUUGUAUUUUUCCGUGGAGGCACCUGGUAUUAUUUGAACGUUUAUGUGCAAGGAAUUGGUUACUACUUGCAAUACGCAAUAGAAGUUAGUUUUCAUACUGAUGCCUACGCACAAGAAGGGAAUGCUCCGGAUGGCAAGGAAUCUCCUACGUGGAUGAAAGAUUGGACGAUAUUUUAUUGGGGAUGGUGGAUAUCAUGGUCACCGUACAUUGGCAUGUUCAUCGCGAAGAUUUCGAGAGGUAGAACCAUCAGAAAUUACCUAAUGUGUACCAUGACCGCACCAAUUCUUUACACCUUUUUAUGGUUCAGCAUUUUCGGUGGGGCAGGAUUGAACUUGGAAAGAGAAGCAGCGCUCGCCGGGAUCAACUGCUCUUCGCCGCUCGGAGGUAAACUUGCCAAUGAGCCGUACGACGGCAUGUACCGAUUAUCUUGUCGCACCAGUGCGCAGAUGUUUUUUGAUCUAAUGCAAAGCUUCAACGACAGACUGACUCCCUUUCUCCACGUGGUAUCUCUCGUGAGUAUAACAUUGUAUUUUGUAACGAGUUCUGACAGUGGUUCCUUGGUUAUUGAUUGUCUUUCGGCUAAUGGUAGCGACAACCCACCUGUGAUACAACGAGUUUUCUGGGCUGUCACUGAGGGAGCGUGUGCAACAGGAUUGCUCCUUGCGGGAGGUACUGACGCUCUGAAUGCUCUUCAAACUGUUUCCGUAGCUGCUGGGCUACCGUAUACUGUCAUCGUUUGCUUCAUGUGUGUUGCUCUCUGGGAAGCAAUUUCAACCGACAAGAAGCCCGAAAAAAAGAGCAAUGCAUUCCUGACUGGUCUAUUUCACGUGUUCACUUUCCCGCUUUCCUCGCAGAAGUUGCUUGAUUUUGCCAUCGCCCUAACAAUUCCAUGGUUUCCAGCAGGACGCGCAUCCACGAAGCCAGGUGGUCGAAAAAUUUCCACCCAAAUGAUAUCAUUGGCGGUACUUUUUUAUUCCUUCAUCAUACUACUCAUUCUGAAAAAAGUUGAGAACGACAUAAUAUACUUCGGAUGGGUCGUGUUGAUGGGAUACUUUGCCUUCGUUACCGCAAUUCGUGCAAACAUCAGGCAGACCUAUAAAAUUGAUGGGAAUAUGGUUCUGGACUUUCUGGUUGUUAUGUUUUUACAUCCAUUUGCGGUUGAUCAGAUGGACAGACAAGUCCUUUACGAGCGCGCCAAAAAAGAUGACGAAAAUUUUGGUGCAGAGUUGGAAGAUCUAAGAAGAUAUGAGGUAGAAAUAGAAGAAAGGGAAACAUUCAUAAAAAAGUCUUAAAUGGAUUAUUUUUGAAAUGCUAUAUAGGUUAUAUUAAUUUAUUAAUUCGUAAUAACUUUCAAGGGAUAAAAAUAACAA